CGGGUAGCGGAGGGAGCAGAGGAGAGAGCAAGGGAGAAAAAAAAAAAAAAAAGAAACGAGGAAAAAAAAAAAAACCAACCCCAAGCUGCUGAAAUUUAAGCAGGGGAGGGAGCGGCAGCGAGGCAGUCCCAGGGUCGCUCGUCUCCGCUGCAACAGCCAGCGGGGCUGCCGGCGCCAGGCAGGGCGCCAGGCCGAGCCCGGGCACCCCGCCGGCGCGGGGCCGCCCCACUUUCCUCCCGGCGGCGGCAGGAGGAGCCGGCCCGGCCCGGCUCGGCCCGGUCCUCCCUGCAUUUGGCUGACCAGCACUGGCUUAAAAGACUCUUCCCUCUCCUAAGAAAAUGGGGACUGACAAUGAAAACCCAGUCCUGAGGAACGUGCUCAUUAGCUUCAGCUUGCUUCUGCUGGGUGCCAUCCUCAAGCCUUUUGAGUGCCGGCUGGAGGUGACAACAGAGCCAGUCAAGAGGGCAGCAGUGGAUGAGAAGGGUGGCCUUGCCAACUGCAGCCCAUCCAUCAAAGAGCAGCCCAUGGUCUUCCACCACAUCUACAACAUCAACAUCCCCGUGGACAGCUGCUGCUCGUCCAUGUUCAAGUCUUCAGCAGAGGAGGUGAGUUCAGAAGAUGACCAGCUGGCGGAGUACGAGGAGCAGACCUCCGACAGUGAGAGCCAGGUCACCUUCACCCACAGGAUAAACUUGCCCAAGCAGGCCUGCAAGUGCUCCACCUCCUUCCCACCCCUGCAGGAGCUGCUGAGCAGGAUUGAGAUACUGGAGAGAGAGGUCUCCAUACUCCGGGACCAGUGCAACUCCAAUUGCUGCCAAGAAAAUGCAGCCACAGGGCAGCCGGAUUACACCCUGCAGUGCAGCGGCCACGGGAACUUCAGCCUGGAGUCAUGCAGCUGUGUGUGCAUGGAGGGCUGGGCAGGCAGCAACUGCUCUGAGCCCCACUGUCCCCAGGGCUGCUCCAGCCGCGGCGUCUGCCUGGAGGGCCAGUGCAUCUGCGACAAUGACUACGGGGGCGAGGACUGCUCCCAGCUCCGCUGCCCCUCUGGCUGCGGCUCCCAUGGGCUCUGCGUGGAUGGCGAGUGCGUCUGCGAGGAGGGUUUUGCCGGGGAGGAUUGUUCCCACCUGCGAUGUCCCCGUGACUGCUCAGGGAAGGGCCACUGCAUCAACGGCACGUGCAUCUGCUGGGAGGGCUACACCGGGGAGGACUGUGGGUGGCUGCACUGCCCCAAUGCCUGCAGCAGCCGUGGGGUCUGCCAGGAUGGUCUCUGCAUCUGCAAGGAUGGCUACGAAGGGCAGGACUGCUCAGCAGUGUCUCCUCCCAAAAACCUGCGAGUGACAGGGAUCAGCGACAACUCCAUUGAGCUGACAUGGGACAGCCCCGGAGCAGCCACUGAGUACAUCGUCUCGUACCAACCGGCGGGGCCAAGGGGCACCCACCUCCAGCAGCGGGUGCCUGGGGACUGCAGCAGCAUCACCAUCACGGAGCUGGAGCCAGGUGUUGCCUACAACAUCAGCAUCUAUGCAGUCAUCAGCGACGUCUUGAGCAUCCCUGUUACCUCCAAGGUGAUGACCAACCUCGCCACACCGCAGGGGCUGAAGUUCAAGACCAUCACAGAGACGACAGCAGAGGUGCAGUGGGAGCCCUUCUCCUUCCCCUUCGACGGCUGGGAGAUCAGCUUUAUCCCCAAGAAUAAUGAAGGCGGCGUGAUUGCCCAGCUCCCCAGCACCGUCACCACCUUCAACCAGACGGGGCUGAAGCCAGGGGAAGAAUACACCGUCACUGUGGUGGCCCUGAAGGAACAAGCCAGGAGCCCUCCCACAUCUGACAGCGUUUCAACCCUCAUUGAUGGACCGACGCAGAUCCUGGUGCGGGACGUCUCUGACACAGUGGCCUUCGUGGAGUGGACACCACCGCGUGCCAAGGUGGACACCAUCCUGCUGAAGUACGGGCUGGCGGAUGGGGAGGGGGGGAGGACCACCUUCCGCCUGCAGCCCCCCCUCAGCCAGUACUCCCUGCAGGCCCUUCGCCCUGGCGCCCGCUACCACCUCGCCGUCAGUGCCCUCCGGGGUGUCAACGAGAGCCAGCCAGCCCUCGCCCAGUUCACCACAGAGAUUGAUGCCCCCAAGAACCUACGGGUGGGCUCGCGGAUGCCCACCAGCCUUGAGCUCGCCUGGGACAAUAGUGAGGCCGAGGCACACAGCUACAGGGUGGUCUACAGCACCCUGGCCGGAGAGCACUACCACGAAGUCCUGGUGCCACGGGACACUGGUCCCACCACCCGGGCCACUCUCACAGAUCUGGUGCCAGGGACAGAGUACGGCAUCGGGAUUUCAGCCGUGAUGGACAGCCAGCAGAGCGUGCCGGCAACCAUGAAUGCCAGAACUGAGCUUGACAGCCCCCGGGACCUCCUGGUGACAGCCUCCACAGAGACGUCCAUCUCACUGGCCUGGACCAAAGCCAUGGGUCCCAUUGACCACUAUCGCAUCACCUUCACCCCUGCCUCGGGAAUGGCCUCAGAAGUGAUGGUGCCCUGGGACAAGUCACAGCUCACCUUGUCGGAGCUGGAGCCUGGGACAGAGUACACCAUCUCCAUCAUUGCUGAGAGGGGACGUCAGCAAAGCCUGGAGGCCACUGUGGAUGCCUUCACAGGGGUCCGGCCCAUCACACAGCUCCACUUCUCCCAGCUGACAUCCUCCAGUGUGAAUGUCACGUGGAGUGAUCCAUCCCCACCAGCAGACCGCCUCAUCCUCACCUACAGCCCCCGGGAUGAGGAGGAGGCACAGCAGCUCAUGCUUGACGGCACCCGCAGGCAUGUCAGCUUGACAAGCUUGCAGCCAUCCACCGAGUACCUGGUGUCACUGGUGGCCAUGCAUGGCAGUGUCAGCUCUGAGCCUGUUGUGGGCUCCAUCACAACAGGGAUUGAUGGGCCAAAGGACCUCAGGGUGGGCAACAUCACUCAGGAGUCCAUGAUCGUCUACUGGAGCCCUCCCAUCACCACCUUCGACCACUACAGAAUAUCCUACCGCACCACCGAAGGGAGGACAGACAGCACCACCAUCACCAGUGAUGCCACCGAGUAUGCCCUCCGCCGCCUGCAGCCCGCCACCAAGUAUGAGAUCAGGGUGAAGAGCGUGCGGGGCCGGGAGGAGAGCGAGGUGGCCUCCGUCACUGUGUACACAGCCAUGGAUGCCCCCUUGGGGGUCACAGCCACCAACAUCACUGCCACUGAGGCACUGCUGCAGUGGAACCCACCGCUGUCAGAAGUGGAGAGCUACAUCCUUGUCCUCACCUGCCGCACAGUUGCAGGAGAAACGAUUCUUGUGGAUGGAGUCAACCAGGAGUACCUGUUGACCAACCUCCUGCCCAGUACCACCUACACAGUUUCUAUGUAUGCCACCAAUGGGCCUAUCACCAGCCAGACCACCAGCACCAACUUUACCACUCUUUUGGAUCCUCCAACAAAUCUGACAGCCAGCGAAGUCACUCGACGGAGUGCCCUGCUCUCCUGGGUGCCUCCCCUGGGAGAGACUGAGAACUACAUCAUGACAUAUAGAUCCACCGAUGGCAACCGGAAGGAGCUGAUUGUGGAUGCCGAGGACACGUGGAUCCGCCUGGAGGGUCUUUCUGAGACCACAGAGUACACCGUGGACUUGCAAGCUGCCCAAAACAUCAUGCGGAGUGGCUUCAUCUCCACCACCUUCACCACAGGUGGCCGUGUCUUUGCUAACCCCCAGGACUGCGCCCAGCACCUGAUGAACGGAGACACACUGAGUGGCAUCUACACCAUCUCUAUCAACGGGGACCUCAGCCAGCGAGUGCAGGUCUACUGCGACAUGACCACCGAUGGAGGUGGCUGGAUUGUCUUCCAGAGGCGGCAGAACGGACUGACUGAUUUCUUCCGGAAAUGGGCAGAUUACCGGGUUGGCUUUGGAAACUUGGAGGAUGAGUUUUGGCUGGGCUUGGACAACAUCCACAAGAUUACGUCCCAAGGGCGCUACGAGUUGCGAAUAGACAUGAGGGAUGGACAGGAAGCAGCAUAUGCCUACUACGACAAGUUCUCCAUCGGCGACUCACGGAGCUUGUACAAGCUGCGAAUUGGGGACUACAAUGGCACUUCAGGAGACUCCCUCACCUAUCAUCAGGGCCGCCCCUUCUCCACCAAGGACAGGGACAAUGACGUUGCUGUGACCAACUGUGCCAUGUCCUAUAAAGGGGCCUGGUGGUAUAAGAACUGCCACCGCACCAACCUCAACGGCAAGUACGGAGAGUCCCGGCACAGUCAGGGGAUUAACUGGUACCACUGGAAAGGCCACGAGUUCUCCAUCCCCUUCGUGGAAAUGAAGAUGCGACCUUACAACCACCGUAACAUCUCUGGGAGGAAGCGACGGUCCCUACAGCUCUGAGACAGCUGAAUCCCCUCCCAUUUUCCACCACCUGACCUUUUCUGUCAUUUGUUUGUAUUUUAUAAUAUGAAAAGAGGAAAACAAAUUACUACUCGUCUUGAGAUAGCAACCAGCCCCUCACAAGUGCUGGAGGGAACCACGGCACAAGGAAAGGCCGUGGGAAAGGAAAGACCUCAUUGCUUUGCAUCUCUCCCAGAGAAAUACUAAAUUUUCAGUCUCCCUGCCCUAAUACUCUGGCCCAUAACACAAGAAGAAAGAGAGAGAGAGACAGACAGGUUUUUGAUAUUUUUUUAAAAGACUUAGAAAUCCUCAGCAAACCCUGUUAGAAAUGUUUGUCAUGGGGCUCAUGGAAGAAACCUUCCCCCUGGGGACCUUGGUGUGGCCAUUUCCACCCCAGUCAUGGCCAGGGACAUCCAUCCUCUCCCUGCCUCCCUGUCCACUCCUGGCAGGGAGGUCUCAAUCUUCAUGCCAUCCUGUAGACACCAACUCUUCCAGCAGGCAGACCAGUUUCUCCUUCUGGCCAAGGGCACACAGCCUCGUCAUCCCUCCCUUAUGUGCAAGCACUGUACACAUGGAGACAAAGUGAGAAUGAGCAAACACAAGGCUCAUUCCAUUUCCAGUUUUCACAGAUCACACCAGGAGGGCUUGGUAAAUAUCUGCAUGUGUAGGUGAACUCUAGAGAACCCACAACUCACGUGUUGGCCCCACCACAGCCAAAGUCAUCCUCGUGUACAUGGGUUGCAGGGGAAAAAGAGCUACUCCACCAGCCCCAACCUGCAUCAUCCACUUCUCUGAGCUGAAUUCAUCCCACUUCGGGUUCAUGAUAUCUGCCUGAGUUAUGCUGAGCUUGAUGGAGAAAAAAAGAGUCAAAUUAGAGGACUUGGGAGAAAAAUCACUACUUGUGGUCUUGAAGUCUAGGGCCCGUUUCCUCUGCUAUUUGUAUAUGCCAUCCACGCAGUCUGUCACAGAGGUCAUUGGUCCCAAACCAAAGAGUUUCAGAGAAGGACCAGCAACCAAAUGAGCUAUCACACAACCGCAGCCCAGCCUGAAGCUGGCAGCUGGCACAGGUGCUCUUGUUCAGGGAUCUCCAUGCACACGGGAAAGGAUGAUGACGCAAAUGAGGGAAGACAAGUGCAAGCUGAGAAACGCCCGUUCCUUUCCUUCUCCUACACCAUCCCUCUUCAUCGCCAUCACAAGAGGCGCUCAAAUCUCAGUGCCUUGGUAUCACCAUCUCUCUAAUGGGAAAUCAACUGUUUCCCAUCCUGGAAGAAGGCUUAGUCCACUCAGAUUUUGGAACACUUCAAGACCCUUGGAAGAAUAGAUGAGUUUGCUCUUCCUGUCCUUAACUUCUCCUAUCUUAAGGAAGAUACACCCUUCAGAUAGCUCUGGCUGCGCUCUGUUGUCAUUGACACCACCUCCACGUAGCCCAAACAACCACCACGCUGGAGUCACUCCUCUGCUGAGGGCUCUGAUCAAUGCUGGGCAUUGUCACUGGCCUGGUCUCAGAAAAGAGACUCAUCCUCAUGUCCGAGGACAAUGCAGCUCAUUGCUGGGUUCGCAGCCAAGGGAGCAUUACAAAUACUAAACACUGCUUUUUGAUUUUAUUACACUGACGCAGCAUUGUCUCAAGAAACAUCUUCCAGAUGGCAACAUAAAGCAUUCUUUGCAGUAGUUUAUAAUUCAGGCCAGUGUCUCUUUCAUGGUCAUGCUCCUGGAUUUUCUGACAUUACUCACAACGGCUGCAGAGCUGAAGUGGGAAAUGCAGCCUCCUUGUCUAUACCACAUACUGGCACAUGAAAUCAUAGCUAAUCCCAAAGUCAGGAACAGAUACAGGGUCCAGCCCUUCAGGCUUACAAGCUGCAGUCCAACCUGGAGGAAUCUCGUAUGUAAAUGAGGCAUCUCUUCUUACUUUCUAUCAGCAUCAAACCAGGCAACAAGUCAACCAUUUGAGGAACAGGUGAGUCAGAGAGGCUGCAGAUGAUGGGAUCUCUUGCAGGACAUGGCCAGUGUCACAGAUGGCAGCAUGUCACAUCUCCUGAGCAGUCUGCCCUGUUUUAGGUUCCAAAAGCCAACAAGAAGCAGCAGAUAGAACUGAUUAACACCUAAGAAGCUUCCUAGUAGGCCAGCAGAAUAGUAUUUUUCCCAUCAUCACCAAGAGUUUAUAGGCAAGAAGCACGUGAACAAAAGCACUAUAGGGCAGUGGUUAUAACUAGGACCAGAGAUUGGCAGUGGAUGGAUUCAUCACCUGUCUCGGAUGCUGUUUUUUGCUUAUCUACCCAGGUGAAAGGAAGAGACAUCAGUGGAAACACGGGACCUCAUUAUUCACAAUCAAGUGGAAGGCAAGAAACCUCUCUUUUCAAAAGUACGAGUCAAACAGAAAAUCAAAACAUGCCAAGCUUUCCCAGCAGGUUCAAAAGAGGAUCCUCAAAAAGGCUGAUGAUUCUCUAAAUAGAUUUACUGGUGUAUAUCUCUCCCUCCCUGCUCAUGUCUGUCAUCCCUUCUAAGCCCUGUAACCAGGAUGAAAGGGCCAAGUAGACACAACUCCAUCGUUGAGUCUGCAGGAUGCCCUUGGAGAUAAUAUCUGACCUUCCAGUGCCAUUAUAUACAUAUUCUGGUCUCAGAUCUCACACAUGGUACGAGGGUGUUGCCUUCCCGUUACCUUGGUGAAAUGCAGUUGCUAAAAUCUUUUAAAGGAAGAACUUCUACACGUCAUGGUUUUCUCCUGGUGAUAACCUAACCCAAGCCUAGAAAAACAAUCAGUAACAACCCAGUCAUUUGGGACAUUGUCCCUUGUUCACAUUGUCCAUAUACAGAUGAAAUUUUCCAGUUAUUUAUUUUUUAUCAUUGCCUGAUGAUUUUUUUUUGGACAAAGUUCCUGCCAGUGUUUUCAAGCAAAUAUGUGCUCAGCAUUGAUGCUACAAAACAACCAGGUGAUUAAGUGUCUCUUCACUCUCCAUCACUGGUUGAGCAAAGCCUUUUUCUGAUUUCAUUCUCUAACCAGAGCAAGUUUGGCCCUGUCCCCUAUCAGAGUAGUGCUGAGACUGAAAGAAGUCUUCGCAACAGGCCUGAAGUUCUGAGAAACCCAGCCUGGAUCCUGUGCAAUGCUCAUCUCAAGAGACUUUGGCUCUAGCACAGGAACCAUUGCUGGCCUCUGGUGGCUCCUCUGCCAUCCAGCUCGUAUGUCUCAGGCUUGCCCCAGGCCCUCUAAGUAAACUGAAGCUGUACCCAAACCACACUAUCCACUGCGAGAUGCCAAUUCCCACAACAUGAAGCAGGGAGAAGCAUAUCAAAUCCUUCACCCAGCAGAGCACUGCACAUGCCCAGGACCCCUGCAGACUUUCAAAGCCACUUCUUCUAACUCCAAAAUCCUGGGAAGAAACAUCAAGGGAAUUUCUUAUCUCUUGCCCAAUUUUGAUUUCGCUUGGCUUCCAUUCCUGUCAGACCUCCAAGCCCACCUUUCCACCCCACACUGUACUAAAACGUAACCAAAGGAAAAACAAAGGCCUGAAAGGAAAAGCUGCAUUUAGUAAAGUGAUCCUUAAGACAGCAUUUAUAAAUUAAUAAUUUGGGGAAAGAAAGAGACCAGGCCUUCCCCAAAGGUAGCCUUCUCCCCAAAGGUUUGGGAGAAGGAUGCUGGAAGAGCACAGCCACACAAAGGUUGGGAAGAAGUCUUUGCUUCUACUCCUUAUCUUUGCAUUACUUUACCAUGAGCAUCUCAAGGCCUAGUACCAGUCUAAAUGCCCUCUUGCCCCAAACUCUUACCUCCUUCCCAAAGUGAUGUUCACCCCAGGUGGAGCCUCAGGGUGUGAAAAGUACAGCUCAGCCACCUUUGUCCCCAGUGGUGCAGCAGGCAAGGGCUCGGGCAGUGAUGUCCCCCCACUGGGUCGUCCCUGUGCCUGCAACAGUCUUAGAGGGACCUGCCAAAAUACGGCAGAAGCCAAAAAACCCUCUCAGUGUCAGCACAUACCCUUCAUCCAGACCCAGAGCCGCCCUCUUGGUAUGUCCCCACCAUCGCACUCUGGAGUGACCACACACUUUCUGCCCUGUUCCCCCCAGCAACACCCACAAGCUUUGACCUUACCAGACACUGCCAGCAAAGAGCUCUCAUCCCCCAAAAAACUUUGAUUCAUGCUUAUAGCCACUAACAAAGGGCUCUGUCCCAGGGCUAAGUGAGAAGCCCAUCCCUGUUUCUGCCAACCAAGCACCUCAGGGUGAACAUCAAAUGCAACUGAGCCCCUUGGGGACCAUGGGUAUCCUCCAGGAUCACCUUCCCCCUUCUUUAAACCUGCUGGUGCCCAGAUGCUGGUGGCAGCUCCUUUCCCCUUCCAGGGGGUGGUUUGGGGUAAGGGGGAGGGAAAGUCUCUUGCCUGGGGAGAUGCUGAUGCCCAGACCUGCCUCGGUACCCAGGCUGCAGCUCUCCAGGAGUCAGUAAUUUCUCAGAAGGAUGGUAAUACAAAGACCUAACAAACAAACAAGCAGCCCCCUGUUACAGGUGUUACCCUGGAAUUGUGCUUAUUACUUUAAAAAAAUUAAAACCCAUAAAUAAGAAGGAAGAACGGAGGCAACGAAAUCCCUUGGACAGGUUCUGAUGAACUCAAACUCAAACCAACACAAACAAAUGAGGGGGAAGAUAAAAGCAAAUAAAUGCAUAAAUAAAAUAAAUAAUAUAAAUAAAUAAUAUAUUAAACAACCCUCCCCACCCUGUAAUGAAAACGUAGCUCGGAGAAUGGGAUCGACGCUUGUUAACCAUUGUUAACUAGAAUUUUUAGUCCUGACCGCUCUUAGGCUAUGUAUAGUUCCUUUUUUUAAUGCAUUUUCUAUAUAUUAAUAAAAGAUACCGAAAGAGUGA